CUACGGUUGUACUUGGGGAAUACCGGUUUUUAAUGUGAACUCUACAUAAAUUUGAUUGAAUUUCCUUUCCAUUUUCCUUAACGACUAGAUAACAGUAUUAUCAAUGAUAGCAAGGUUAUCUUUAUCAGUUAUUUUUCGAAAAUCGAUUGCCGAUCAUUUAUCUCUUUGUUGUCCUAUUUGCGGUUGAUAGUGGAGAGUGAGUCAUUUUUAAGUGCACAUCUAUUGUUUUGUGUCCACUACGCAGAAAUGUACAACAUUAUUAAUUGCAAGGCUUUGUUGGAGGAGUUAAAGUGUAAACAAUGUUCCAAGUUUCUGUCCGUUCUUCCAAUCUAUUACUGCUCGGCGGUCGGAAACAUUUGCGGUCGAUGUGUUUCCACCGUAGAUUGGAUGAUAUCGAACGUAAUGGCUGUCAACAGAAGCUGCGAGUGGACGAGGUCGAGCAACACGAGAAGAUGUGCGCCGCUGUUCCGGUUCGGUGCCCCUUCAAUGUCGAGUUAGGGAUAACGUCACUAAAAUGCGACUGGAAAGGUACGGCUGUAACAGUAUCGGCUCACUUAAACACGGAGCACAAGGACGCCUUGCAAGUGGGACUGCCAGUUUUUGUUAUGAACGUCUUCGACACAAACGUCAAGCAUUUCUUCACCACUCUUGAGGGGCAAACAUUUUUGCUUGUCUCCAAGUACGUGAAGGAUGUAAAUAAGUUUUACUUCACAGUUAUGUGCUGCGACACGGAACCGAAUCAGCGUUGUUACCGGUUUCAGCUCGAGAUCGGAAGACACAAUGAUUACUUUUUGAUCUUCCGAAAGCCGAACUUGGAGAGAUUUAGUGACGUUCAGAACAUGAUCGAUAACCCUGAAAAUAUGAUCAGCGUCGAUGUCGCGUCCCUCUUAACAAUGCUGGAUGAUCCUUCUGGAUUGAUCUAUUGCAAAGUGGGCAUUUCCAAGAAAACCAAGAAGGAAAUCGCGGAAAUCACUGGCAAACCCGAUCCGCCCACUCCCAAUCAAAAUAAUCCCAAACCGAAACCGAAGAAGUUCCCCGGCCCUGCAGGAGGCCCGCCGGUUAAGCCAAAAAAUAAAUUUACACCCAAGCCUAAGACCCCCAACGUAAAUGUGGGAGAGCCCUCGCAAGUGAAGAUACCGCCACUGAUGCCCGAACAGCCCGCUAAGAAUCGAAGCAAAUUCUUGGAAGAGCUGGAGUGUCCCGUUUGUAAUCUCUACAUGGUCCCUCCGAUCUUCAUUUGUCCGACGGGGCACAGUCUCUGCAACAAGUGCAAGCAAAAGCUGAACACGUGCCCAACGUGCCGUGUUCCCAUGCAAGACACCCGUAAUUUUACAUUGGAGAAACUUACGGCGACCGUAAGAUACCCGUGCUGUUACACGGAUUACGGGUGCACUGUUGUUCUGCAAGCCGAUCACAUUAAAAUUCACGAAUUGCAUUGCAACUACGCGUACGGUAAGUGCCCGAUGAAAUUCGUCGCCGCAUGCGAUUCCAAUGACGUAGUCGACGUGGUCGGCCACAUACGAGAGAAGCACCCCCAUAUGUACAUCGAACCAAAUCGACAGUACGCCAGGGAUAUCGGAUCGGUAGUUACGACGUCCUAUUGGGCGACAUCGGUCGACGGUCAAAUAUUCGUCAUCUGCUGCAAACACAGCAAUACGACCGGUCCGAUUAAGUUCUGCGCCCUGCAUGUUGGUCUCAACAGUAAAACUAAGCAAAAGUUUCGCUUUCGUUUAGAAUUUUGUGACCAGACUUCCAACGGGUUGAGAUUCAUAGUCAGCCAGCUCUGUAAGGAGUUUCCGCAGAAUCCGAGUGCAGCAUUAAAGAAUUGCUUCGCCAUACCGUUAGAUAUGUUGGAGCCGUUCAUUGUAAAGAAGCCCAAUCCGCGUUUAUUUUUCAAAAUUUAUAUGGAAAAAAUGUAAUAGUUUUUGUAUUUUUUGUGCCUAUAGAUUUAUUGUUGGUUGUUCAAAAUAAAGUGUUGAUUUAGUUUCUGA